AUGAGGACAGAAUGUAACCUGGAAUAUGCCAUGAAUGAAUGGUUGGCUAAUGUCACUCUUCCCUUUUCAGUGCCCGUGUACCUGCCAUUCCUUCUCGUCGGGUCUGUAUUUGUGGCAUUUGUUGUUGGCGGUGCCUGUGUUGGAAUUUGCUGCUGCAAGUGCUUAAAAUCGCAGGAUGAGGGGCAGCCAAGUGGACUUGCACCUGGCCAGACUUGGCUGCUAGAAGCUGAUCUUCCUUCUCGCUUCUCCAGUUCCAGUUCUGCCACCAGAAGCUCACUGAGCAGCGGUCCUCAGACCAGCAACAUCUGCAUGACUCUGGCUCCAUCCCUUCCUAUCGCUGGGCUGGCUGAAGAUGCUCGGUUCUUAAGUCCUCCACCCACCAGUGGACAACUCCUGCACCCUUCCCGUGCUAACCACAGAAUACCGACUGAUCGCACCACAGUAAUGGCUCCAGCAGCUUUCCUUAAAAGAACCAUUUAUGGACACAGUGCUAACGCAUCCCCUGUUGGGGUGACACAGGGUGACCAAAUGAUGUACUCAGGAGUUCCCGUCUGA